AUGGUUCUCCCGUCCUCUUCUUUUCCUCACAAUAACACUGCGAGUGUUAUCCAUGUCCGGCUUGGAGAAGUAAACCUAGAUCGUUUUGAUGGAACAGAACAAUAUAAACAUGUGAUCAAAACCAUUGUCCACCCUGGAUACAAUGAAACAACAAACAACAACGAUCUCAUGCUGCUGAAACUGAUGAUCCCAGCAAGGCUAAACUGCUACGUAAAGCCCUUGGGACUGGCCUCUAGGAGGGCAAGCCCUGGGGAAGUGUGUUUGGUAACAGGUUGGGGUGCUCCCAUCAAUGCUCAAGAGAAUAUUCCCUUGAUCCUUUACUGUGCAAAUGUCAGGAUAAUCUCUCACAACGAGUGUGAGGCUGAAUACCCUGGGAAACUGAACAGGAAAAUGUUAUGUGCUGACGCCUUAGGAGGAGGCACGGACUCCUGUGAGGGAGACUCCGGGGGACCCCUUGUCUGCAACGGCAGACUCCAGGGUGUGGUGUCUUGGGGAGACGUCCCCUGUUUCACCAGCACCAAACCUGGGGUCUACAUGGACAUCUCCAUGUACAGAGACUGGAUCAAGAAGACAAUAUAUGAGAACUGA